AUGGCCGCCUCCACCAUGUCCGUCUGCUCCAGCACUUACACCGAGCCCUGGCAGGUGGAUGACUGCCCAGAGAGCUGUUGCGAGCCCUCCUGCUGUGCCCCCAGCUGCUGCCAGCCCAGCUGCUGUGCCCCGGCUCCCUGCCUGAGCCUCAUCUGCACCCCAUGCUGCCAGUCAGGCUGCACCAGCUCCUGCACGCCCUCAUGCUGCCAAGAGAGCUGUUGCGAGCCCCCCUGCUGUACCUCCAGCUGCUGUGAGCCCAGCUGCUGUGCCCCAGCUCCCUGCCUGAGCCUCAUCUGCACCCCAUGCUGCCAGUCAGGCUGCACCAGCUCCUGUACGCCCACGUGCUGUCAGCAGUCCAGCUGCCAGCCAGCUUGCUGCUCCUCCUCCUGCCAGCCAUCCUGCUGCGUGCCUGCCUGCUGCACACCUGUCUGCUGCAAGCCUGUGUGCUGCACACCCGUCUGUUGUAAGCCUGCCUGCUGCACACCUGUCUGCUGUAAGCCUGUUUGCUGCACACCAGCCUGCUGCACACCCGUCUGCUGCAAGCCUGUCUGCUGCACACCUGUCUGCUGCACACCUGUCUGCUGCACACCCGCCUGUUCUGGUGCUUCCUCCUCCUGCUGCCAGCAGUCUAGCUGCCAGCCGACUUGCUGCUCUUGCUCUCCCUGCCAGUCAUCCUGCUGCACACCCAUGUGCUGCAAGCCUGUCUGCUGCAUGCCCUCCUGCUCCUCUGUGUCCCUGCUCUGCCGCCCUGCCUGCCCCCGCCCGGCCUGCUGCAGCCUCUCCCUGGGCCAGAAGUCCUGUUGUUGA